ACCGAAACUUAUAUUGACAAUUCAGACCUUAAGACUCUUUCAAGUUCAAGGACGGCCGGGACUUGAAAAGCAUUUAAGCAUAUUAGGUAUGUUAAAUUAAAAACCAUGUUAAGUAAACAAAAAUUACAAUAUCAUUGAACCAGAGCAAGAACACUCCCUUUAGUCUCCUUCCAGCGUUAUUUGGUCCCGCCACGCAACGCGAGCGUGUUGCUCUCCUGCACAUGUAAAGACUUGUUCUCUCACAAGGACCAAAUAUUCGUCGACGAGAACUGAGUUGAGAUAAAAUUUUAGCUAGAAGCUUUGAAGUACAGGAUCGAAAGGUCGCACGAAAAUUUAAAGAAAUGAAGUUCCCUUUGGUGAUUCCGCUCCUCUUUGUCCUCAUCGCAAUUCCAACAAUGGACUCUAAGCGUUCGAAACGGGCAUCACUCAACGAAGAGGGAAGCGACAACUUCCACAGUAUAGUAGCCCAUGAUGAGUUUAGACCUCCCAUGGGCAAACGUUUCGCCGAUAUAAACUUCAACUCUGUGGAAGACCAAAAUGACAAGUUCCGUCCUUCCAAUGCCGGCAUCAACUCCGAAACUAUUGAAGACCAAGAUAAGUUAGUUCCUCCCCUAGGCAAACGAAGUACCGGUAUGGACUUCAACACUGUUGAAGACAAAGAUAAGUUUAUUCCUCCCCCAGGCAAACGCAGUGCCGGCAUUGACUUCAACACUGUCGUAAGCAAACAUAAGUUUCGUCCUCCCACAGGCAAACGCAGUGCCGGCAUGGAAUUCAACGCUGUGGAAGACCAACAUAAGUUCCGUCCUCACCCGGGUAAACGCAGUGCCGGCAUGGAAUUAAACGCUGUGGAAGACCAACAUAAGUUCCGUGCUCCCCCAGGCAAACGCAGUGCCGGCAUGGAAUUAAACGCUGUGGAAGACCAACAUAAGUUCCGUGCUCCCCCAGGCAAACGCAGUGCCGGCAUGGAAUUCAACGCUGUGGAAGACCAACAUAAGUUCCGUGCUCCCCCAGGCAAACGUAGUGCCGGCAUGGAAUUCAACGCUGUGGAAGACCAACAUAAGUUCCGUGCUCCCCCAGGCAAACGCAGUGCCGGCAUGGAAUUCAACGCUGUGGAAGACCAACAUAAAUUCCGUCCUCACCCGGGCAAACGAAGUGCCGGCAUGGACCUCAACACUGUGGAAGACCAAGAUAAGUUUCUUCCUCCCCAGCCGGGAAAACGCAGUGCCGGCAUGGACUUCAACACUGGGGAAAACCAAGAUAAGUUCGGUCUUCCCCGGGGCACACACACUGCUGGCAUCAACUUCAACUCUGUGGAAGACCAAGAUAAGUUUAUUCCUCCCCCAGGCAAACGCAGUGCCGGCAUUGACUUCAACACUGUGGAAGACCCAGAUAAGUUCUUUCCUCCCUUAGGCAAACGCAAUGCUGACAUCAACUUCAACACUAUGGAAGAUUAAGAUGAGUUUCGGUCCUCGGUGACAGUCCGCAAACGAAAGUAGGAUGAUUUACAGAAGUUUCAAAGAAAAUUUGCGAAUGAUAAUCGCAUCAUCUUAAUGUAGAAGGAUAGCAUAUCUUGUACGCAAAGUCAUGUUUUUAAGAUAGUUUUUGUUUCUGGUGAACGCUAAAAGAAACACAAAAAUUUGCAUAUCUAAUUAGGUGAGAACCGAGGAUAAGCCGAA